UGUGAUAUAUAUUCUGCUCUCUGCUCCUGUGUUAUUUAUUCUGUUCCCUGCUCCUGUGUUAUAUAUUCUGCUUCACGCUUCUGUGUGAUAUAUUCUGCUCCCUACUCCUAUGUUAUAUAUUCUGUUCCCUGCUCCUGUGUUAUAUUUUCUAUUCCCAGCCCCUGUGUUAUAUUGUCUGCUUCCUGCUCCCGUGUUAUAUAUUCUGUUCCCUACUCCUGUGCUAUAUAUUCUGUUCCCUGUUCCUGUGUUAUAUAUUCUGCUCCCUGUUCCUGUGUUAUAUAUUCUGCUCUUUGCUCCUGUGUUAUGUAUUCUGUUCCCUGCUCCUGUGUUAUAUAUUCUGCUUCCUGGUCCUGUGUUGCAUAUCCUGCACCCUGCUCCUGUCUUAUAUAUUCUGCUCCCUGCUCCUGCCUUAUAUAUUCUGUUCCCUGCUCCUGUCUUGUGUAUUGAGCUCCCUGCUCCUGUGUUAUAUAUUCUGCUCCCUCUCCUUGUAAUAUUUUCUGUUCCCUGCUGCUGUGUUAUAUAUUCUGCUCCCUUCUCCUGUGAUGUAUAUUCUGUUCCCUGCUCCUGUGUUGUGCUCCUUGGUCCUGUGUUUUAUAUUCUAUUCCCUGCUCCUAUGUUAUAUAUUCUGCUCCCAUUCCUUUUUAAUAUUUUCUUUUCCCUGCUAUUGUGUUAUAAAUUUUGUGUUAUAAAUUAUCCCCCUACUCCUGUGUUAUUUAUUCUUCUUCCUGCUCCUUUGUUAUACAUUCUUCUCCCUGCUCCUGGGUUAUACAUUCUGCUCCCUGCUCUUGUUUGAUAUAUUUCUUCCUUCUCCUGUGUUAUACAUUCUGCUUUCUACUCCUGUGUUAUAUAUUUUCCUUCCUGCUCCUGUGUUUUACAUUCUGCUGUCUACUCCUGUGUUAUACAUUCUGCUCCCUGCUCCUGUUUGAUAGAUUUCUUUUUUCUCCUGUGUUAUACAUUCUGCUUUCUACUCCUGUGUCAUAUAUUUUCCUUCCUGCUCCUAUGUUUUACA